GCAAGGGCUGUCUGACCUCAACCACCCCCACCUGCAACCAGGAAUGUCCCGCUCAGCCGUCCUGGCCCUUGAUGUUGGGGCCCAGGCCCCAGAGGCUCUGUCCCUACUGCACCAGCGCCUGUUGUUGGCUGAGAAGGAGGCUGAAGUUCUUAUUCAAGAAAUGGGGGCUCUGGGGGUUUCCAGAGACCAAAUCUGGUGAUCUGCUCAGAGAAUAGAAGCUACUCAGCACCCUGUAAGUCCUCUGAAGAUGCGUCAGGUCCUUGGGGAUGAAGGCAUGCUGCGGCAACAGUGUGACUCUCUAGUGAGCCGGGUGUGUUGCAUGGAAAGUCUGCUACAGACCCUCAAACUUACCAUCUUCUGCCUAGGGACAGAGAGAGAGCUGGAUCCCUCUCACACAGCUGAUCUGAAGCAGCAGCUGGCAGCGCUGCGGCAGGAGAGUCAGGAGGACUAUGAGGCCUCCAGGAGGGAGGUGAUGGAGCUCAGGGACCCGCUUCAGCAGGCUUACAAGGAAAGAGACGAGGCCCGCAGAGAGGUGCAGAUGCUGGGGGAGACCGUGGAGGUAGCUACUGCCACCAAGAUGGAUGUGGCUUUGGCUGCCAAGGAGCUGAAGAUUGUCAAAUUAGAGAUGAGUCAAAAACUGGUAGAGAUGACAGAGCAGAUGAGACAGGAGUCGGCCCGCUCUGUUGAAGCCAUGAUAUCCCACAGCAAGCUUCUCCAGUGUGUUGAAAAAAUGGAGGGAGUGGUGGUGAUGGAGAGGAGACAGGCUCUGCUGCUGAGGUCGGAUUGCCAGGUCUUGCAAGUGCAGGUCCAGACCAGCCGGCAGCAACUGGAAGAAGAAAAAGACAGAGGCAGGCAGCUGGAGGAACACUGUCAGGAACUCAAAGAACAGACAGCAACGAAGGACUCCCUUGUGUCUGAGUUGAAAACUGAACUGAAAUCUUUGAGGAGUCGUUUGGUCAAGCAACUGCAAGAGCAAGACCUGCAGAUGGAGGCAGCCAGACGCCUGCAACUGGAACUAGAGAAGCUUGAAGGUGAACAUGCACAGCUCAUCCAGAGGUGCUCAGUGGCACAAGAGACAGCAGUCACCCAGAGGAAAAUAUUGGAGCAAACCAUUGAGAGGCUACGGGGGGAGCUGAACACUGCCAAAAAAGAGGAGGCGGCAAUGAGGAAAGACCUGGGUGGUUUAAAACAUAAGAUCAGUGAGCUGGAGGCCUUGCAGGGAACCUGUGGUCCUGCAGGAGCUGUUACAAGUUGAACCCUUAAAAGCAUCCUGGCCUCCCAUACCAGCCCCCAACUCAACAGAAGGAACUGGCAGCAGAAGCUGCGGUGUCAAGAGCAGGAGCUGGCCACACUCAAGAUUGACAGGCUGGAGGCUCUUAGAGAAAUCUGUAAACACCAAGAAGAGGGGGAGAAACUCCAGCGGCUCCUGACAUCUGCUCACUCCAAGAACAACAAAACUAAGGCCUCGGAUACAGCCAAAGUAGACAACAAGAGGCUGGCUCAGAGUUCGGAGCAGUCUGUGUUGACCAACACUAGUUUACACAGCAAACUGGAGCAGGCCAGAGACCAGCACCAGGCUGCCAUCACACUGAGAGAUGAGGAGUUGCGCGAGGCUUGGACAAAGAUUAGUCAUUUGUCAGAAUAGCUGGGCGCUAUAAAGCAACAAACAAGGCAAGACUAUGACUCUUCUGGGAAAACACUGCAUCGAGAAAUCUCCGAGCUAAAAAUGACAGUUAAAGACUCGUUGAGUGCCAAUCAGGAGCUCCGCCGACGGGUGUCUGAGCUUGGGUGGCUGGUGUCCAAACAGAAAGCUUGUAUAAGAGAGCAGAGGAGCCAGCUGGGGCAGCAGCAGGACAACUCUCAGAAAGUUGAGAGGUUUGAGGAGAGAAUCUGGAAUCUGCACAAGAAAAAGCAGGCUGACAGCAAGCCCCACAAAGUUAGAAUGGACACCCCGCAGGUUUUACACAAACGGGAGGCAGAGUGGGAGAGGUGGACUUCUACCAUCCAACGCUGGGAGGCCAAGAGAGAGCUGGCUCACAUCACUGCAGGAUCCAAGCCUGUGAGGACACAGCUGACAACACAAUCACACUGACAGAUAAUAACCCACAUAUCUCACACAAACACACACCUGCCCAUAGACUAAAGCAACAUGACAGUGAUCCUUUGUAUUUAUUUAAACAUUAAAUGAUGUCCAACAAAGAGGAAGAGAUAGCAGCCAUGUGCGAAAUAGCAGCUUUAGAGUCAGACGUGUGUGUGUGUGUGAUGUCCUCCAUCUCUAUCAAUCCUAAUUUAAUGGUCAGGAGGGAAACAUGCACUCUCAUCAAAACAAACUGUACAACCAUAACAUCUGUUAUACUUCUUCACUGUACAAAGAUUCUUAUUUUUUGUUUAUACAAAAGUAAUUAUUUUUAAAUAACACUGCGUACAAAUGUAUGAUUCUCCACUUACCAGAGUUUGCACUUCUUAUGUACAGAGUGUUGGCUUGUUAUUUGGUGAGUUAACUGUGGAUAUAAUGUAUAAUGGG